AUGAUUUCUUGUGGGGAAUUUGCCAAGCAGAAAUCAGAUAGACUGAAGCAUGCAGAUCUUUCAAGGAAAGGCUCUGUGGAUGAAGCUUUACACGAUGUUGUAAAUUUAAUUAAUUCAAUGCCCAUGUACUUUACCACCAGUUCUUGCUCGGGCAGAACGAUUGUCGUUCAAAAUCAAAACGCUGAAAACAAAAUACAGAAAAAUGGCUGCAAGUGGUUGCAUGUUACUCAUGACAAAGUACAAGUAGUAGACAUUGAAAAUGCUGUAGAAGAUCUGACUGGGGAAGCGGUCUUUAAAUUUGAGCCCAUGGUGAUGCAUGUUCAGUGUCAGAGCUUGGAGGAUGCACGAAGAAUGCAUCAAGCAGCUGUGGCAGCAGGUUUCCGCAACUCUGGGAUCACAGUUGGCACAAAGGGGAAGAUAAUAACUGCAAUAAGAAGCACCCAUUCACUUGAAGCGCCCUUAUCUUCUGAAGGAAAAAUUCUCGUUUCAAAUGAUUACCUGAAAUAUUUAACAGCCUCAGCCAACAGAAAACUGGAGGAGAACUUUGCAAGGAUACACAGGUUUCAUGAACUUGUGAAGUUGUUUCCUGAAGACCAACCUGGCACACAAUUAAACACGAAGAGCAGGAAAAAGAAGAGGAACUCAGCUAAAACAGAACGGUUAGCCAAAACAGAUCAGUCGGCCAAAACAGAGCAGUCAGAAAGUCAUCCUGAUGUUGUAAUAUCAAAGACAAACUCUGCUGAUAAUACUACUUUAGAUUUGGACUUUUCAUUAUCCUUAUUUGAUCAGUCUUGA